AUGAAGGAGGCCCCCAUGCAGCCUGCAGCAAGCGUUGCAGAUCUACAUACGAGUCAAUCCACUGGUGAUGAGGUUUCGCGCAGAGUGCGUCACCAGCAACCACCAACGGCAUCUGAAGUGAAUCCUGUAGCACUUAAAACAAAUGAAACCGAACCAGAGGUAUUAGAAACAGGAGUGGCUCCUGUAGAUACCACUGCUGAGGACAGUGGGGGCUUGCAAGGGCACAGUGAAACACGGCCAGCUGGGAGUUCCAAGGCUCUGCUCGCAGACGCAGCGGCCUACCUCGGGUCAAAUGGCUGGCGACUAAACAGAAACUGCCGGCUGAAACCCGCGGGAAACGCAGACGGCUCAGCCUCAACGCGUGUUCCUGGCCCCGUCGCCUCCGCCUCCACAGAUAACGAGCCGCAGAGCCUCUCAGAGCAACAGAGCAAGGAGAGGAGCUCGGAUGAUGGGGAAGACGUAGAGGAGAGAUGCGCUGAAAUUCCCGUUUCUGAGGAAAGGGAGAAUGGGGUGAAGGAAGAAGAAAACGGGAUUUCCGGCAUCCAGCCCAUAGACGCGGGCGAUACGCAGAGUGGGAGCAAGGUGGGUCUCGCGUCUCAGCAGCGGUUAAGGAUUAGCCAGGUGCAAACACAGGCUAUGAUUGACGCGGAGGCGGAAACUUCUGAUGUUUUAGAGAUGCAAGACGAACUGUCUUCGAAGAUUGACAUUCUGCAAAGCGCCUUCGAAGAGGUAACUGCAGCGAACAACCAUCAACGAACAACCAUCACUCCACUCUACUUCCAGUGA